CGUUUAUCGUUUUUUCAUUUCUUACAAACAAGGAUAAGAGGAUUCGCCUACACGCCUAAACGGCCUCAAGCUUCUAACUUCUAUCCUUUGGCAUCAAUCGUCUUUAGCUCCAAGCGUUUGUGUUUUUCCACAGCCAUUCUUUUGCGCGUGCUCGCUAUAUAGUGCGCAGCAUCAUAUCGUUAUUAAAGCCCGCGGCGAUAUAGUAUUAGCUAGUCGACAUCGCAAUCGACAUUCUUUCCUCAUUGCGCCGAGCCUUGCAAUUAUGGGUAUCUUGGGCAUGGCAGCGAGCUAUUUGCUCUUCUCUGUUCUUCACUUUGUCCAAUUUGUGCUUGCUGUUACCGUCUGUGGAUUAUACGGCAUUGACCUUGCGCGCGCGCGUUCCCAGGGCAAAUAUAUCGAUGGGAAAUGGGUCUACGCUGAAGUUGUGGGGGUUCUUGCCGCACUGACGGCUAUCCUCUAUUUCAUACCUUUUAUCCUACGAUUCGCUGCAGUUACGGUAUGGAACUCUAUCAUGUUUAUCUUGUGGAUAGCGCUCUUCGGUCUGUUUGGUGGCAUGUAUAUCCAUGAGGACCCCGAAGGUAAUGGAGACAUCCAGAGGAUGAAGAACGCCGUGUGGGUUGACUUGGCGAACGCACUGCUCUGGCUUAUUGGAUUCGUUGCGAGUGCCACUUAUUGGUGGACUCACCGCGAGAGGCGAAGCCGCUUUACGGGCCGUGCUCAGCUAUAAUUAUAUCAUAUACGAAGUACGGCUAUCAUAUUGUUUCGAAGAUCUGAUAAUUUUGGGGCUGAUCUUGGUGGGAAAGCUUAGGGUAUGUGCGAUUACGAUGAUGAAAACGAUAAGGGACAGCUUGGCGUUGUGAGAGUUUCGAAUACCCAAAAGCACGACUUGGAUUUCUGAAUAAUUCGUCAUGGAUGUAAAGUGACAUAAUCAGGAGUUGGAGUCGUUAGAUAGUUAUUCGAGGCUCUGCGAAGUCUAGGUAUGCCACGUUGCAUUCUUGGUCUGCAGCUCAUUCGAUUCUGCAUAAAGCAUCAAUAAGAAUGAGAUUGCUUAUUUCUCAAAGUGCCGCCUAGAACAUGACGUUUAUUGCAACGUACUCCGAAGAACCUGUCAUCAUCUACUUAAGAUAUACACCUUAACC